AGAAAUGAUGGAGCUCCUGAAGAAGAAGCGAGACCCGUGGGGGUACAGCGUGGUGACCUGGAAGCAUGUGAGUAGCCCUGGCAGGCUUCUGCGUGAGAAUUGCUGACCGUCUGUGCUACUCUCAUCACGUCUCUCAGAACUUGAUGAAGUAUUGCAGCAAGGCGAGCGAAGAAUGGAUCCAAUUGAUGUGUGACUUGCGGACCGCUAUACUCGACGCUCGGACAGAGCUGAAUGUGGCUCUCGCAGAUGAAUUCGAAGCGAAGGACGAGCUCCAGUUCGACUGCUUGGAAGUUGACCUGCUGACGCGCUCUUGGGACCCGAGUGUGGAUGUAGACCACAUGAUCUACGAAAUCUUCGAGAACAGGGGCCUACUGAAGGAGACUGGGCUCCAUCCGAUCGAGAGGGAAUGUUUCGAAAAGUGUAUCAAGUUGCUUAGGGAGGCAGAGAUCAAGAUGGGAGCUGAGGCACUUUCGGCCUAGACCUCCGCUCUUGAAGGAAUGAGUCUGCCUGUUCGAUGGUAGACGAUGUGGCUCUUGUGGUGGCCGCAGUCCCAGCGAUUCUCCUGAGCGCGCUCAGCUCCAUCCUACUUUCAUCGCUUGCAGGUGCCCGCACCAUCGCAUGUACUCCCUCUUUCCUGCAUCAGUCAGACGCACUUUCGACACGACGAGGUCGAAUGCUGCCCCACAGCGCUACGCUACAAUUAGGGCAAUUGUAUAUUCCUCCAUCUACCACUUGACCC